AUGUCAUCGAACUCAUACUACAGCCAGGCCACAAAGGCUGCCUACACCUCCCGCCCCUCCACCUCAUCAACCACAUACUCCUCCGCCUCAUCCUCCAUCUACGCGCAAUCAGCCGACUCGUCGCGCGCGAAACGCUACGGCAGCAAACCCCCUGUCAUCCACAAUGGCGGCGGGCAGACGCACGACCCCAACACGUCGAGCAGUGCGCCGAGCGGGAGCUAUCACUCGUAA